AUGGUCAUGACUUUGAAUAUUGCGGAGUCGAUUAAUUCAUCAAACAAACAUGCUAGAGACAUGCCAAUAAUGCGUGUGCUGGAGUUCAUGACAAACUUGAUACCACAAUGGAACUACCAUAGUCGGAAAAAAGCAAUGAAAUCAUCCACCGCGCUUAGCAAAAAGUAUGACAAACUCAUUGGGGUUAAUCUGCUUGUGGCACAGAAAAUGACGCUAAAGCCUGCUACAGACAAGUUGUACACUGUAUUUGAAGGAGUAAAGAGAAACAUUGUAUGCCUUGAAGAUGGAAUAUGUAGUUGUGGGCGAUUCCAAAUGGAUGAAGUUCCAUGUCCACAUGCUUUGGCGGUUAUAAAGCUCAACAAAUUGACACCAGCCGAUUAUUGCUCAUUUUACUAUAGAAGGAAUCAUAUCCUUGCAACUUAUGAAACUCCAGUAUAUCCCAUUUUGGAUGAGAGUACAUGGGUGAUCCCGAGAGAGGUGCUAGAGAAGGUGGUCCUGCCACCAAAAGGGAGAAGAAAUGCAACAAGGCCAAGAAAGAAAAGACUCCAAUCGUCUUCAGAGAAAGCGAAAAAGAAGAGGAAAUUUUCAUGUUCGGUGUGUGGCCAAGAUGGUCACAGUAGGAAAACAUGUGGAAAUCCACCAAAAGAUUGA